AUGUCACUGUCCGGCCUUCUCUUUCCUCAACCCGUCCAGCUGCCGAAUGGAGCCCUGCAAAGCGCGCCUGGGGAGUUGCUGCAGGCUUAUGCGGCCGGCCAGCACUCCGAAGUCUGGUUGUGGCUCUUGUCCCUGGCCGUGCUGGGGGGAGCAGUCCUCGCAGUGCUUUGGUUCCGCCGCUGCCGGGAGGAGGACCGCCAUGUGUCGGAGGCAGAGGUGGACUUGGAGAUGGGCCACGGCCUCCCGGCACAGUCCCUACAGGUGCCUCUGGCGCACUACGGGGACACUCAGGACAUGGCACAGCAGCUGGAGGAGGUGGCCGCCUACCCUCCUGGCUUCACGCCGGAGGCCGAUGCUCAGGAGGCGGUGGCAGCCUACCCCCCCGGCUUUACCCCGGAGGUGGCACCCGGCCUUCCUGGCAGCGCGGAGGGCCUGGCCGAUGCACCGCAGGCUCAGGACUCCGUCGGGAUGCUGCCAGGCUGGACACCAGAGGUGGCGGUGGCAGCCUACCCUCCUGGCUUCACCCCCGAGGUGGCUCCGGGACUGGAGGAGGCCGUCCUUCGCGUGCCGGCAGACAUAGCGGUGGUGCCGUGGGACGAGGCCUGGCAGCCUGAAGCCGGCGAUCCCCUAGGACAACCGGGCCGCGUACCGCGGAGGCUCCAGAUCACCUUGCCCAACUGGAGCAAGGUGUGGAAGAAGAUGGUGCCGCAUGCCAAGCUCUUCGAGCAAGCUCGGCUGAUAGGUCCCGUCGGCCAGUCGCCGGUGUCUCCAGCACGCCUCUGGGCCGUCGGGGGAGGGCCGGGCGGACCCUGA